GCGCAUUUCACAGGCCCCCCCCCUGAACUGGUAAUCCAGAGCUGUCGUGACGCCCGCCUCUGUGCUUUACAGCUGCCAUUACGCUGCCCGAGAGUGACGAGGACUGAGACACUUGAAAGCCGGCUUCUUGACAAGGUCUGCUGGAGUCAGCUGAAUGCAUGCAAUUUCGCCCCUGCUGUUAAAAAAACGAUAUCCAAUUUCAGCGAUUCCCCUCUGUCUCUCUGCUCGACUGCAUCUUCGUCUCCCGUGACAACGUCCCUGAACGACGGCAUCGUCUAACGGCUACAAGCAUUGCCCUAGCCUUCUGGACUGCAGAAACCGAAAAGACAGUAUCAUGGAAGACAGAACAAAUUCGAUUCGACAUCCGCCUUUUCAAGGAACACUUCCUCCGCCUAAUGGAAUGCAUUCCUAUGACCCGGGUAUGAACAAUCCCUCGUCGGCUUCGCUUUCGGGCACCGCGAGCGGCCAGAGUCAACAUAUGGGUAUCAAUAAUCCAAAUCACGCUUCCUUUCAGCCAUACAAUUCGAACUCUGUUUCCCCCGGCCCUUCUCGUGACGGGCAAAUGCCUUCACCAUCUGCUGGAACGCCAAUGCAUCCGGGUCAGGUAAUGACCGGAACACAGAAAAGGGCUUAUCGACAGCGGCGGAAGGAUCCUUCUUGCGAUGCUUGUAGAGAGCGCAAAGUCAAGGUCUAAAUUUUUCUUCUUCUUGCUUCCUACUCGAGAUCUCUUGGAUUUACCUUCACGAUCCCCCGAACCGAGCCUUAUAUUAGAUAGAUAGAUAAGCUUACUUUUUACUCUUUUGGGCAAACAGUGCGAUGCCACAGACGUUGCGAGUUGCUCUGAAUGUGCUUCAAGGAACGUCAAAUGUCAAUUCACCAAAGAGACGAACCGUCGCAUGUCAUCGAUAAAGUAAUUCUAGUUUCCCCGUGCUGGUGUUCGGAGCAUAGGGUGCUAACGGCCGUUGGUGAAGACAGGUGCAGGAUCUCGAGAAGCAGCUACUCGCAGCAAAGGAACAGAUUCGAAAGCUUCUGAAUGGGCAGCAAGCAAAGGAGAACAUGUUAGAGAGUGGAGGCGUAGAUGGCAACGCUCCAGAUAUACCUAUCGCGGUUCCUGACCUAAACUCGAAUCCACAAAGGCGACCUCGGCCACCGGUUACCCAGGAUUUAACUGAUGUUCGGGCACACCUCCGUAAUUACAGUCGAGGUGUUUUCAAGCCUCCACCACCCUAUAGACAGGUUGGGUUCCAAUCCAAUUUUUCUCCACCACUUCCAGAGCUUCCUCCACAAUCAGUCGCGGAUGCUAUUUUGGCUCAAUAUUAUCAGACGAUACAUUCAGUCAUCCCAAUUCUUCAUUGGCCGCAGUUUGUGCAACGUUACGAUGAGGUCCGGAAGCAAGGCGAUUUGUCGGGGGUCCCGCCCUAUUGGGGAUCGGUGCUGUUUGCCGUGUUUGCUUGCGGUCUGCUCUAUACCGUGGACCCGCAGAUAAAAGCCAAUUAUCCCGACAACGGAAGAUCAUUUAUUGGAUAUUCUCGGCAAUUGACGGAUUUAUUUAACGACGAAUUUACGAUAGACCAUGCUCGAUCGGCCUUACUCACAAGUAUUUUCCUCACCGAGCUAAAUUGCAAAUCCGCUGCUUGGACUUGGUUGGGCUCGACCGUUAGAAUUGCGCAAGACAUAGGGCUGCAUCGGGAGAGUGGGCCAUGGCCGGUUGUUGAAGGAGAGAUGCGUCGCCGGGUUUGGUGGGGAAUAUAUGUGUGGGAUCGGUAAGUUGCCAUCAUUACCGGGAUACGUGGGAGGUUCUAGUUGAAGUUUCUGGGUGCUGAUAUCUCUUUGACAGGCUUUUAUCUGUUGAGCUCGGACGAGUCCUGCUGAUCGAAGACCAGGAUUGCGAUAUUUCUUUACCUUGUGCCCUUGAUGAUCAUUUCAUCUACGAUGAGGGCCUGUUGGUACCUAAUGGUUCAUCACAACAACCUGCAAAUUUCCUUCUGACAACUAUUCACGUGGUUCGUCUUAUCGGACCAUUGUUGAAAAACCUUCAGGCACCUGUCAUAUCUCCACAAAAUCUGGCCUGCUUUGAUACUCACUUCACAUCAUGCUUGUCGGCAUUCCCUGCUAAUUGCCAUAUUAACCACCCCAACCCUCUUGAGCCCCGACACCUAUCACCUAUAUUCCACCUUCAAAACUGCCGGUUGGUGCUUCAUCGCCAUAAUUUGUCCACGCUAUGUCCCUUUGAGGCUCGCGUAGCAGCCUUGGACUCUUGCGUCUCGGCUGCCAAGGACACAGUUCAUUUCCUAUCUCGUGUCAUGCAGUGCGACUAUGGUGCAGGAUGGCAGAACAUGAUAGCAACCUGCGCAUCUACAAUGAUUUGCACUCAUAUCUGGCGUUGCUCGCUGUUCUUAUGUUUCCGUGGAUUUUAUAACGAGGCCCUUGUAUGCGUACAAGUUAGCAACGCGAUCGGCGAAAUAAGGGAUGUAAAUGUUGCCUGUGGCAGGAAUCUUUACGGUUUCCUCCGGUUAUUGAUGGAUAAGCUCGAUGCAGGAGUUAAUUUGGAACAUGAUGAAGGGAUGAUGGCAUUGGUUUCUGGGGAUGUUCAAGGAAGCACGGAAUCCUCGUGGGUAUGGAAUGGAAGUGAGACAGGGCAGGCUUUGAACCAUGGCACUCCGGAUCAUGAGGCCCCUGUGACCAAUGGCAAAGACUAUCCUCAUACUAAUGGCCACGGAGAGCCUCCUGCAAGCCUUUCAAGAGAGGAAGCGGCUGAUUGGGGUGGAUGGUCCCGAUUGGAGAGGAUGCUUCAGGAUCUGGCCCAUGAUAAGGUUGCAAGAGGGCAACAUGCUCAGCAACAACUCCAGCAGCAGCAACAGCAACCGCCACCCCCGCAUCAACAACAACAACACCAGCUUGCGCCAGUGCCUUGGAAUGGAGGAGUGGGGGGGUCUGGUCGAUCGGCUCCAGCGCCAACGGCAUCGUCCCGGAUUUCCAUUGCCAAUAUCAUAUAAUUCAGUCAUGCUUUUUUGGAUGAAGGGGCAAUUUUUGGGGCCUCUUUAGUUUUGGGGAUGGGGGAACAGGGGGUUGGCGUCAAGCGGGGUGGGUGCAAUGAUUUUCGAAAUGUCCAAUAUGGAGUGGGUUGGUUAUUGUGCAUGUCUUUUCUCUUUUUAAUUUUGGUGGAUGGUUUAUCUAUCAGCGAGGAGACAAGGGACAUGGGACGCACGCGUAUAGGCUGGGGAGAGAGGGGGGGGCAUUGAAACAGCAAAGCGACGAUCCACCUGGCCACGUUUCGGUUUUGCGGGAUUUGUUUUCAUUUCCUUUUGCUAUUUCCUUAUGAUUCCGGUUCGACUACGUUUUUUUUCCCCUGUUCUCUCUGGUUUUCCUUUUUUGGCGGGGUGCUUUUCCUACUAUAUCCGUAUUUCUUGUCUCGUGUAUUCCCAAUCAUGUCCGGGUUUGCUUGCGCUCUGCUUUUAUUUGUCUUUUGGAUUUCUCAUUCCCAGAUUCCGGUCUCCCAUUUGGCAAGUCCGUCUAUCCAUCCAUUUUCUCUUCCUUCGCGGUUUGCGCGUGGGUCCCGUUUCUUGCUUCUAACCAAAUGGUGCGGUAAGUACUUUUCUUCUUUUUCUCUCCAAUUUUCGAAUACCUUUUAUGCGCCGGUGGGGUUGGUGGGAAUUUGUUUUUUUCUGAGCAAAAAAAAAUAUGGUGGCUGCUGUCUUUUCUCCCUUUCGCGCUAUUGAACACUAUUUCUGUUUUUUUUUUGAAUUUGGUUCGAUUCGAUUUUUCUUCCUCCGAGGGUCAUGUAUAUAUAUCGGUAUCUAGACCCCCCCCCCUCCUCCUGACCUCCCUCCAUCUGUCACUACCCUCUUUGGCCAAACACCAACGUUGACGUCGAUACGCCUAACCGUACGUAUCCUGUACUUUUAGAAAUAUUUAAAUUUCAGUUUCUCUCUCCCUCUGUUAUCCCCCUGUCACACUGCUUGCUUGAUUCUUGUUUGAUGCUUGCUACUCGAGUGGUGGUUAUCUGGUUAUCCUAUCGUAUCUUUCCCUUUUUUUUCCUUACCCCUGACUUAUUCUGCGAAAAAGGGAGGGCUUUUGAUGUUUUUUUGUUUGCACUCGGUUUAUUGAACACCGUAUUUUGAUAGUCAAAAUUGAACUACCGGUAUGAUAA